AUGUUGGUCUCGUACAUCCUCGAAGUCAGCAAAAUGGAUGUAGAGAUUGUGGUUGUAUUACGAAAGAAGCCUAUUGUCAAACCAAAAGAAGCUUCGUAUGAUGUCUCAAAAGUGAAGCUCGGAAGAAUCCACAAAGACAAUUGGAGUAUGAUUUUUCAACAGAGUGCUAGAGAUGGUUCGAAUACUCAGAGGUGUUUCUUCUCCCUUUCAAACAAGCAUCUUUACUCCACUUCUUGCUUGAACUACAUUCUGGAGUUAAUCGGGCAAUGCAAAGCGAACGAUGUUGCAAGUAAGAAAUGCUUUGCAGAUAUGACAAGAUGGUAUAUAGCAGUUCGCAACACCCUGCUCAGUCUUAUGCCCAAACUCUUCAAGACUCGGAAAUGCCAACAACAAUGA